CUCUGUGAUGCUCUUGGUGGACCGUCUCAAGAUGUACCCCGAGGUAGGGGCUGCUUGCGGUAGGAUUCACCCCACUGGCACCGGUAAGAUCUCAUGUUGACACACAGACACUCAGACAGCCAAGAGACCUGGAGCUGUAUAUCAUUUGGACAAUCACAUUGUCAUUUGUUAGCAUUGCAAACAUGUACGACAAUUAGCAUUCACAGCAAAAAACCUCCCUCUCCAAAAAUGAACUUCCUGUGCAAAACUAUCACUUGUGAUUUGUCCACCAAGUCUGGAUGACCACAUCCUCCAUUCAUCCAUUUUAAACAUAGUGAGUAUCCAUUUAGCAUUAGGGUCAUGCUCCUACCCAUGACAUUGUUACAUAGUGGAAUAUCAGGCGAUCUAGCUGCACAUUGGCAAUGUCAGAGACACUGUGUUGCUUCAAGUGUCCAGUAGACUGAGUUGGGGUGUUCCCACCGCAGGUCCGAUGGUGUGGUACCAGAAGUUUGAGUAUGCUGUGGGCCACUGGCUGCAGAAGACGUCGGAGCAUGUGUUUGGCUGCGUGCUCUGUAGCCCUGGCUGCUUUAGCCUCUUCCGAGCGGCUGCACUCAUGGACGACAACAUCAUGAAAAAAUACACCAGCACAACCACAGAGGCAGGUCACUACAUACAGUAUGAUCAAGGUAAAAUAGGUGAGGACCGCUGGCUGCAGCAGGGCUGGCGGGUGGAGUACAGUGCGGCGGCGGAGGCCUACACCAAGGCUCCACAGGAGUUCCAGGAGUUUUACAACCAGCGGCGCCGCUGGGGACCCUCCAACCUGGCCAACAGUCUGGACCUGCUGGGCAGCGGCAGGCUGACGGUGAUGAAGAACCAAUCCAUCUCCACCCUUUUCAUCCUCUACCAGAUCCUCAACAUGGCCGCCUCCAUCCUCGGCCCAGCCACUGUGUGCCUGAUGAUCGCAGGAAGCUUCUCCUUUGUCUUUGGGGUUUCACCUAAUCUAGCACUUGCACUAGCUAUUGUGCCUCCAGUCAUCUACUUGGUUCUGUGCUACAAGCUCAGCACCAACAGCCAAAUCACCAUUGCUGCCUUAAUGAGCAUAUUCUAUGCCUUCCUUAUGACUGCGAGCAUUCUUUCAAUCAUUGGGGACAUGGUUCUGGAGGGCACUUUCAUGACUCCCAGCGGCCUCUUCUUCAUCAGCAGUGUCAUGUACCUCAUCACCGCGCUGUUCCACCCCACCCAGUUCCACCUCAUCGUCCACGGCUUCCUCUACAUCAGUGUUUCUCAAACUUUUUCAGACCAAGGACCACUUAACCAAUAAAAAAAACCC